AUUAUAUGUACAUCUCAUCGCUCCUCUCUUCAUGUCAUUAAGGGACACUAUCUACCAAAUUGCAUCAACUUCAGAAUUUUCGGACAGCGACUACCAGUUCCUGGUACUGUAACAUAAUUCACCCUCCAGGAUGACAUGUAAAAUGAAGCUGUUGGUUUUUCUGCUGAUUAUGGUGGUCCUUGGAGUUCUCAAGUUUGACUUCAGAAGUUCCCUGUUAACAAGCCAAAGCUCGUUCCCCUGUUUUGCUAAAGAUAAUCUGCUGUUUAUGCGUCGCGUUGAGCCAUUCUUGUCUGCACGCACCAACCUAUCAGAGGAGGCCUUUACGUGGUGGAAACACAUUCAACUUGAAAAGCGUGACCUCAGUUACUUUAAAGCAACCCUAAAAAGGCUUUUUGAAAUCUUCCCAUCCAUUCCCAAAUUUGGAGAACGCAGAUCAGAGAGAAUAAGAAUGUGUGCUGUGGUGGGAAAUUCCAUGGAUUUAAAAGGUUCGGGGUAUGGACGUCUCAUAGACUCCCAUGAAAUCAUUAUAAGAAUGAACUUUGCUCCAGUGAAAGGUUAUGAAGAAGACGUUGGGAUCAAAACAACACAUCGUGUCAUGUAUCCAGAGAGCGCCGUGGAUUUAGAUAAUACGACGCAUCUUGUGCUGUUUCCAUUCAAGAUAAAUGAUAUUGAGUGGCUCAUUAAGGCCUUUACAACAGGAUUCUAUGGAAGAUCAUAUGCACCGAUAAAACCAAAAAUAAAAGGCAACAAAAAUUUGGUGAUGGUGGUCAGUCCAGCUUUUAUGAAGUACUCUCAUGAGGUUUGGCUGGGGAGUAUAGGGAACUACCCUUCCACUGGUUUUAUGACUUUUGUUCUGAGCCUUCAUGUUUGCGAUGAGGUACAUGUGUUUGGUUUUGGUGCAGACAGCCAGAGAAGCUGGAGUCAUUACUGGGAAACCCUUCGAGAUAAGAGCUUCAAAACCGGACCACACCCUGGACACCAUGAACACGCAAUUAUACAAAAUCUUGCUGAUGGAAAAACAGUAAAGCUUUAUAAAGGCUCAUAACUUUUCUUCUCAAACUUUAAAAGUCAGAUUUUCAUUCCUAUUUUGUUGACAUGACUUUAUUUGUUGUUAUAGUAACAACAGGUUGUUUUUUGGUGGGUGUUUUCUUAUUACUUUUUAACCAGUUACCAUGUUUUAUCCAUAGUGUGACAAAAUGUCAAGUUAAAGCAAGCUAAGAUAUUUUCACUCUUUUUUUCCUUUAUGGCUCCUAUGUGAUCUUUGAUUUUGAACCCUAGCGGAUCACAAAAAAAAAAU